AUAUCGUUUUUGUGUUAGACACAAAGCCGGUAGCGACGAAGGGCAAAUUCGGAGUUCUUUGAUAGGUUGGAGGCCGGAUAACCUACAGUUUCAGUUGUGGCAAGGCCCUAUAUAGACAGUUGUGGAAGUGAUAUGGAUACCGUACUGCUGGGCGUACACCGGUCAGACUACGAGGCAGCGCUGAAGACGGCCCUGACUCGCACCCUCGUGGCCAAGUCUGCCCACCUGCCUGUGCCGGAGGACGAGUGUCGCCGCAUCCUGGCGGCCGGCGUGGCCAUUAUACAGUCGGCUCCUACCGAUGCACUGGCGGAGACCGGCGCGCUGGUCGUCAGAGAAUGGGGACGCCACCACGCCGCGGUGCUGGAGCAGGCCGCCGUGGCCGUGGUGCUGGAGCCACUGCUGGACGGCCCGGUGCCGCUGUCGGCGCCCGCCGGCACGGCCCUGCUGGCCUGGCUGAUGGAGCGGCAGCCGUCCCUGGUGGCCACCGCGCGCCGCCGGCUGUCCCGCCAUGCGGCCCACCCGGGCCACACGGCCGACACACUGGCGGCGCUGGCCGGGCUGAUGAUCGACCGGCCCGCCUGCCGGCCCAGGUUUGAGGACGCCGUCACCCUCAGCCAGGGUCUGAUCCGGGCCAUGGCCCCGCUCCGGAUGCCAGAUCAGAGUGGCCAGAUCAGCCUGUUCGUGUCGCAGAUGGAGCAGCUCGGACUGUUGUUUCAGGAGCUGUUUAGUAGCACACAAACGGUGGUCAGAGCUAUGGAUACGCUCUACGAGGUCAUGACCGGAUCAGGCGGCGGUUCGGUGUGUCCGGCUCUCAGCGUGGUGCUGCAGGCGGUGCCCGUGAAGUUGGUCACCCCCGCCUGCUCUCAACUGAACAGUCUCAAAUCGGGCGGCGCGGAGACGACGUGCGCCGGUAUCGGCGUGCUGUGUGACUGGCUGCUGGUGUGGCCGCGCGCCACGCGGCUCGCUGUCUGGGUGGCCGCCCUGGUACGGGAGGCGGCCGGAGGCGGACACACGGCCGACCUCGACCGGCUGGUGCUGGCCAGAAUUGAUAAGUUGUUCCAGGGUCUCACGCUGCCGGCCGGCCGCCGCUCGGUGUUUCCCGUUGUCUCGCUGCUGCUGCUCGGAUUCCAGCGAUCGCCGGCCGCCUUCUUCAAGGUUUUGCCCCGGGUGCCCGAUCUGCUGGACCAGCUGCGACAGGAGGCGGCCGGCCGCUCCGACAGCGCUGACUUCUGCCAAGUGGCUGACCUAGUACAGACACUGAUGCGGCUCCACCCGAGCUGCGUGCAGCGCUACUCGGCCAUAGUCCGCGCCCUGCAGGGCCGGUCGCCGCCGCCGCCGUCUGUGAUGGCCAGUCUGCUCGUUUCGUCCGCCUGGACGGAGCCUUCCCAGGGCUCUGAACCGACCAUCGGCGAGGCCCCCCUCUCGGCGCCGACAGAGCCGGCCGGCGCGCCAGGCCAGCGCCGCCGCGGUCUCAUCAACCUCGGAAACACAUGCUAUAUGAACGCCGUGCUGCAGGCCCUCUUUCACUCGGACCAGUUCCGUAGUGAGGUGCUGGCGGCGCGGCUCUCUCCCUCGCGCCCCCACCUGGCCGCCCUGCAGCGGGUGUUCGCCUUCCUCGCCUUCUCCGAGCGGCCUGCCUACAGUCCGGCCGAGUUUCAGAGAGUGGCUCUGCCGCCGUGGUUCGAGCGCGGCCGACAGCACGACUGCUCCGAGUUUCUCAGGUAUCUCCUAGACGCCAUGCAUGAGGAGGAGCGGACUCCGGCGCCUCCCGCCGCUACCGUCUCUGUCCCAGCACCGGUGCCACCGGCUCCCGCCGCCGCCCACGCCAGGGAUGACUCCAGUGUCCCGGGCUCGGGCGCGGGGGACCGACCGCGGCCCCGGCGCCGGCACCGCUCCUGCGACACGGCUCCGGCCGCCGGCGGACCGCCGCUGGUACCGCUGUCAGACCUGGUUAGUGACGAUGUAGUGAUGGCCGAGCCUGACAGCGGUGGCGAUGGUGCAGAGAGAACUGCAGGGAACGUGCCCUCUGAGACUGCUGACAGUAGCUGCCCGCAGAGGUCUGAGCCUGACGGUCAGGAGGGAUCCGCUGCGGGCGCUGAUGGCGGCACGGGUGACGCGAGCUCCGAGGAGGCGGCGGCUGGUCUGGUGCGCCGACUGCUGACGGGGCGCGCCGAGACCACGUACACGUGUCUCACGUGCGGCGGCGUGUCGCGCCACGUGGACGCCGUGACGGACGUGCACCUGGCGCUGCCGGAGGUGCUGACGCGCUCAGCCACGGUGGCGGCGGCCGGAGCCGGCGGAGCUGAUACCACCGCUGCGAUCGGUCCUCAGCCACGGCCGGAGGGCUGGCGGGACCCUCCGCCGGACUGCGGUAAGGGUGGAACGGUCGGGGAGGCAGCGGCGGCCGGAGAGGCAGGAGAGUCAGCGGCGGCUGGAGAGGGAGAGACGGCAGCAGAGACGGAGACUGCUGAACUAGCGGCGACGGGAGAGGAGGGGAUGCAGUCAGACUUUGAGCCGAUGGAGGCCCAGGAGCCGCCGGGACAGGGCGAUGAGCCGCCUCAAUCCGCGUCCGACCGGCUGGAGGGACAGGAGUCGGACUCUGACCAGGCUUCCGGUGCCGGCAGCGACGCUCGUCCGCUCGAAGCGAACAAUGCUACCUCAAGUGGCUCAAAUGUAGAGCGGCGGCGGGAUCAGGAACAAGCAGUAAUGGCUGGUUCAUCACAAUCAACACCGUGUGAUCCGGAGCCGGCACCCGCGGAGCCUGCUCCCGUAUACCGCCCGCUUCCUAAGCUCGGUCCGGAGCCGGCUCCCGUGCUCGGUCCGGAGCCGGCUCCCGUGUUCGCACCGGAGCCGGCUCCCGUAUACGGUCCGGAACCGGCUCCGGUCCAGGAAGAGACACCAGACAGCGAGCCCGAAGUCGAUCUGACCGUGUCUGACCUGCUCCGGGACUACCUGGCUCCGGAGAGGCUGUGCGGCGACAACCAGUACCACUGCGUCAGGUGCGCCGGCCUGCGGGACGCCGAGCGGCAGCUGCGUCUGCUGGCGCCGCCACCUCACCUGGUCGUCUCCCUGGUAAGGUUUGUUUUCGAUCGGUGCACCGGUGCCCGGCGCAAGGUGUUGGCGCCGGUGGGCCUCACCGAACGACUGGAGGUGCCGCUGGCCGACCGGCCGCCGGCGCAGUACCGGCUGUACGCGGUCAUUGUGCACGCCGGUCACUCGCUGGACGCCGGCCACUACUUCUCGUUCUGUCGCGCGUCCGGAGCCGGCAGCUGUGACGGCGGCGGCGGGCUGGGGGAUGACGACUGGUGGCGGCUGGACGACAGCUCGGCGGUGCCGGUGACGGCGGCCGCCGCGCUGGGCCGACCGAAACGCUCCACAGAUGCGGCCUACACACUCCUCUACCGACUGGCAGAGUCGAGUCCUGCUGACGACUGUCCGCCGCCGGCGAUGGCCGCGCUGCCCGGGCCGCUGCGGGCCGCCGUGGACCGCGACAACGCCGUGUACCGACAGGAGCGGCGGGGCCGGCCGGUCGGCGCGCUGCCGCUGGUGCACAACGGACGGCCGCCGCCGGGCGCCGGCUGUGGCGGCGAUAGCGGCCACCCGGGCCCGGGGUUCGUCUGCUGACUGACUGGCGGCCGGACCGUCACCGGUGGGGUGGUACUGCUUCUCUCCCUAUGUUGGGGCGCUGUGGGUGUCUCCCCGGCUCCCCGACUGGUCUCCGAUGUUCGGGCGGCCGGGGCCGAGCAGAGCCGGGCUGUUCAGAGAUGAGUUAACCUGUGCUGUGAUAUUCGAGCCCGUGUUAUCUAAUGUUGUGUGAGUAUUUAUACUGUAUAGUUCAUGCUGCCCAUUUCUGUGGGCUGCCACAUUGAGCGACAUAUUCUCUUCAUAAUGUGGCAAUAUACAACGACUUAUGUGA